CCCUUUUCUUGCUUGACUGUAUACAUGGGCGUACUGUGAUAACAUUAAUUACGAAACUAAGGAUAUGUCGUCAAAAUCUCCAAAUAUGUAUUGUGGAACCUGUUCAAGAAGAAGUAGAUCCAACAAAGCUGUAAAGUACUGUACAGACUGCGAGGAUGGGCUUUGUGCAGACUGCGAAGAUUUUCACGGAAGCAUUAAAACUUUUGAUACCCAUCAUAUAAUAGAUAUCAACGUCAUUGAAGGUAAACCAUUUGUUGUCAAUAAAUCUUGCAAAGUUCAUCCCGAUAUGGUUUUAGAAUAUUUUUGCUCCGAUCAUGAUACAAUGUGCUGUCGGUCGUGUAUGGCUAGCGCUCAUCGCUCAUGUGACAAGUUACUUCCAAUUGAAGUAUCCGCGAAAGGGGUCAAGAGUUCAACCAUGUAUGAAGACAUUUUCAAAGAUGUCACUACACUAAAUUCCGCAAUAAACGAGCUGGAAGAUAAAAGGAAAGAGGUAAUGAUCAGUCUUAAAGAUAGUAAGAUGGCAGUUCAGCAAGACGUUAAACACUUCAAAGCACGAUUCUUAAAACGCAUUGAAGAAAUUGAAGCAUCUUUAAUGUUUGAAAUAGACACAAUUCAUACAGACCUCUCAAAUGAAGCAAACGACAACCUUGAAAAGAUAUGUGAUCGAAGACGAAAGAUACAAAAUAUUUCUGAACAGAUUAAUUCUGUAUCAACAUAUGGAUCUGAAAGUCAAAUAUUUAUGCUGAUAAAUAAUAUCAAAGAAGAACUGAACUGCCAUGCAAAUGAUUUUCAAAAGCUGGUGUCGUCUCAAAAAUAUGUAUCUCUUUCGUUGAAAGAGUCCGAUUUGUUAUCUGUUAUAAAAUCUUUUGGUACAGUUGAAAUCAAUGAGACUUUCCUUGAUGUCAAAUACAAACCGUUUAAGAUUCAGCAAGCGCAACUAUUGCAACAACAGAUAAAGCUUCCAUCUAAAUUUCAGCUAGAUGUUAAAUUUAAAGUACCUGGUUCAAACCUUGUCGGGAUAAGUGUGACAAAAGACAAUAGAUUGUUCCUGUGUAAUUGGAACAGUUCAACUUUAUUUGUUAUGUCUGACAAAGGCAAAACAUUGGCAACAAUUCAAAUGGAUGGGAAACAGUGGGGGAUUGCUAUGGAAGAAGACAAAAAUACAGCAUGGGUCACACUACCAGAGAUACAGUCCAUUCAGACAGUAAAUAUUUCUACAAUUAAGAAGGGACCACUGAUAAAAGUACCAUGCUACUGUUAUGGUAUUGCUAUUAUUGACGAUCAAAUUGCUGUUGGUGGGAACGGCAAGAUAUACAUUAUCAGUAAAAACGGUGACUUAAAGAAGACACUUGAUGUUGGAGAAAGCAAAGUUCACUCCUUAUCAGUUGGACAAAAUCAUCAGCUUUACUAUGCUCAAGCUGAUGUGCAAAAAUCAAAACUGAACUGCAUUGGAUUAGAUGGAACAGUUACGUCUAUCUCUGCUAAAGAUACUUACAACGUGAUUGGUGUUAAAAGCGACAGAAUAGGAAAUGUCUAUUUCCUGGAAUACCAAGCAUCAAAUCUUAAGCUGUUUUCAUUUGAAGAUAAAUCUCUUAAAACUACAUUGACAACAAAAGAUGGACUAAAAUCACCCUAUGGCCUGGCUUUCAGUAACGAUAGGUCUAAACUUUUCGUUUCAAAUCACUCUGCGGGUGAGAUAUUGGUAUUUUUGUGUAAUUAAGAAUUACAGACUUGUUAGUUUUAUAGUGAAUAAAAGUUAUGUCCGUGUACGUUAGUAUUUUAGAAAUAAAAAAGUAUUUCAAACUUU